GUCGUCGUGCCGAUGUGGCAGAAGCGAUCGUUCUGAUAGCGUCGGCGAGUCACAUAUUUUUGUUGAUAUCGCGGAAACGUAUUGCGUACCCGCGACCGGUGGCGGCCCACUGGUUCCAAUAAUCGCACACGUAUUUAUUUGGUAAUAAUAAUAAUAAUAAUAAUAUUAUAGCCGUUUGAUAUUAUGUCGAAAUAAUAGUGAUAAUAAUAAUACCGUAAAACCUCCAACGUGUAACCGUCGGACCGCCGAAAUCGGUAGUAGUAAUACCGAUGCCAACGGUACAGUUUAGCCGAUGACACCGUUGUGAUAGACACGCGCGAACAACAGUUUCGAAUCUCGCCAGUUUGAGAGCGGCACGCGUACUUACAGACAAUCGAAAGGCGUCGUACCGCAGACUCGUCGUCCGCCCGAACGGUCCAGCUGUUCGGCAUCAACAUGUCGUCGCAGUCUCGUCUGCCGCUGGUGGUGGUGUCCGCCGUGUUCGUUCUGCUGUCGGGCCUUGCCGAAUUGGGCAGCUGCAAUCAGGUCGUGUCCCGGUUCGAGUACAAGUACAGUUUCAAACCGCCGUAUUUGGCGCAAAAGGACGGGUCCGUGCCGUUCUGGGAGUAUGGCGGAAAUGCUAUUGCCAGUGCAGAUAAUGUUCGAAUUGCUCCAUCAUUAAAAAGUCAAAAAGGAGCAAUUUGGACAAAAAGUCAAACAAUGUUUGAUUGGUGGACAGUUGAAAUAAAUUUUAGAGUCAGUGGAAGAGGUAGAAUUGGUGCUGAUGGCUUGGCAUUUUGGUACACAAAUUCUAAAGGCGACUAUAAUGGUCCAGUAUUUGGUAGUUCUGACAAAUGGGUUGGAUUAGGAAUAUUUUUUGAUUCUUUCGACAAUGAUGGCAAACACAAUAAUCCAUAUAUUAUGGGUGUUGUAAAUGAUGGGACACAAGUUUUUGAUCAUGCUAAUGAUGGUUCUACUCAACAGUUAUCUGGAUGUUUGAGAGAUUUUAGAAAUAAACCUUAUGCGACAAGAGCCAAAAUUGAAUAUUAUAUGAACACAUUAACGGUAUUUUUCCAUAGUGGUAAUACUAAUAACGAAAAAGACUUUGAAAUUUGCUUCCGAAGUGAAAAUGUCUUCUUACCUAAGAAUGGUCAUUUUGGUGUAUCUGCUGCUACUGGUGGUCUUGCAGAUGAUCAUGAUGUAAAUCAUUUUUUGACAUAUAGUAUUUACCCACCGGGAACAACAUUCAAACCAGCUGGUACAUCUCAGCAGCUAUCAGAUGAAGAAAACAAGCUAAACAGAGAGUAUGCAGAUUACCAACGAAAAUUAUCUCAAGAAAAAGAAGAUUAUCAUAAGCAACAUCCAGAAACUAAAACAAAAGAAGAUAGCGAGUUUGAAGAUUGGUAUGAAACAGAUAGUCAAAGAGAAUUAAAUCAAAUAUUCUCUGGUCAAAGUCAAAUUGUAGAUUCUGUAAAAGUAUUAAGCCAAAAACUUGAUGAAGUAGUCGGUCGUCAGGAACGAACACUUAGUUUGUUAUCUAAUGUUCAAUCUACUAUGGCAGUUAUUGGAUCAUUAGGUGGUGUACAAGGACAACCUAACGUACAAAUUCCACAAGUAAAUGCAGGAAUGGGAAGACAAGAUGUUGAUGUAUUGAUAAACAAUCAAAAUGGUAUUAUCAACUCUGUGAGAGAAGUCAGGAACUUGGUGGCAGAAGUACAUUCAAAGACUGAAAACAUAAUUAAAAACCAAGCUCAUCAACCAACAGCUCAAGUUCAACCAUUAGGCUAUGAUCAGGCAUCAAUUAUACAUGAAAUCAGGGAUACCCUGAAUACAAUCAAACGGGAAUCUACACAGAAGGCUGGGCAUUCACAACAAUUAUCAUGUCCUACGUGUGCAACCAAUACAAUUGUUUUGGUUGCUGCGGUGGGCCAAACAUUAUUAUUUAUUCUCUACGCUGUCUAUAAGAACAGUAAAGAAUCACAGGCUAAGAAAUUCUAUUAAACCUUGGAAAUAUCAAAUAAGAGCAGAACUAAAUAAAUAAUACUAUGUAUAUAAUUAGGAGAUUUCAUUAAUUAUUACAACUGUGUUUAAAUAUAAUUGAUACCUCUUAUGAAUAAGAUAAUAGUAAAACUUUAUUUAUUUUUUUGGUACAAGUGAUUAAUCUGCAUGAUAAAUCCACCAAAAUAAAUAUUUUUUACUAUGUAAUUAAUGACUUAUUAUUAAAUUAAGAUAAUUUUUUUUAAGGUUGUUUUACUUUUCGUUACAAUAAGAAUGUGUUGUGAUUUAUAAAAUAAAAAUAAUAAAAUAAAUUUAAUUAAUUAUCUGUUUCAAAACAAUGUAACCACAAUAUAAAUUCAUGUUGAUUUGUUACUUACCACAACAAUAAAUAAUAUUAUAUAUGUUAAUUUUGAUAUGUUUUUUUAAAAAUAAUUUUAAAUUGAAAAUAAAAACCAAUAAACAAAAUAAUAA